GCAGGCUGCAUCUGGCCUGCAGGCUGCAUUUUGCCCACCCCUGGAUUAGAACCUAGCUUUCUGGGGAGGUUAGGUCUUACAGGUUUGAGUCAUUUAUUAAGAAGGAACAAAUUCUUUGUCACCAGUGCUUUACAAAACCCUUAAAAAGCAGGGGCUGAGUUCAGUGCCUAAAUACCUUUGGGCCCUGCCCUGACCACCCCAGAAUCUGACUCAUGGGGAAACAGCUCUUACAGAGCAAGGCUUGGAGACCUUUCUGUAAAGAGGUGGUGCAAGACAUGUGCCUUAAAGCAGGCAGUGAAAGCAAAUGCCUUUAAGUUAUCCCAAAAGAUCCCUUCUUCAGAUUGGUAAUUGCUAGAAACCAUUGACCCCAGCCUGUGUUUAUUAGGCAUGUGCGUGAAGAACAUUCAAAGCCAAGGACAGAAAAUGAAUCGGUCAUGGGUAAGUGACUCAGGCAGAGCCGUCCUCCUCUUGCCCCUGCCUUAAGUGUUUCUACUCUCAGAGGAUUCAGUUUUGUGUCAAAGGAGAGAGGCAACCCCCCUCAGCCAUGGCUCUCUGGACUCCUUUGCUUCUCCUCAGCACUCUCAUCUUUUGGACCACAGCUUUUCCCUGUGUUGCAUUUCCAACAGGAGCCCCAGCAUCAGCCUGCAAGACAAUGAAGCCUAUUCACUUGGGGGUCCACUCCCGGCCACAUCCCGCCCCCUAUGAAUUGCAGGUGUGGGCACACUCCUUCACCAACGGACAGCCAAUUACUGUGCAGGUUCUGGGGCCGGAGUACCGAGGCCUGCUGUUGGAGGCUCGCAUGUUUGGCUCCACUGCUGCACUUGGCACUUGGCAGAGCCCCCCUAAUAACACCCGGUUCUUACAGUGCUCCGGGAACCCACAAGGAGCAGUCACUCAUUCUAACAUGGAAUUAAAAACAAGCCUGACCACAUACACUUGGCUACCCCCAAGCUCAGGCUGCCCUCCACUCAUUGCAUUCAUAGCAACUGUGGCACACUCUCGUGAAAUCUAUUGGCUCAAUAUCAAAUCCAAAGUACUAUGGAGAGAUCCUACAGCUAUGUGUGGCAGUGAGAAGUUUACAUGGACAGCUACCACUGUGAUGUUACUUUUCCACCUGCUGCUUUUGCUUAGCUGCAUUUAGUAACCCAUGGAAAUUAAGAGUAUAUCUCCAACAGCUAAGGACUGUCACUGUUAUUGGUAGCUAAUUUUAAUUGCAUCUAUAAUAAAUACACUUUUUAAGGCCUCAGCUACAUGUAAAAGUUGUACCAAAGCUCUAUUAUAGAAUCUCCUAAUGCGGACUUGUUUAACUUUCUCCAUGUUCACCCUAGGAACAUCAUAGUGCUAUGUGAAAG